UCUAUCAGAAACAUUGGGGAAGGUUUCACUGAUCUCCUCGCAGCGCCAUUGCUUCGGCGCUUUCACGACGGCACAUCACCCUAUGUUCUUCUCGCCUGUUAUCGUCCCCCCUUGCAUGGACCUAUCUUCUCACUGUUCAUCAUCGCACAUUCUGUCUUCAUCGGUUCCAACUAGAGUGUAUAAUUACAUUUUCUUUAGUUCCUUCACCCCGUUUCGAAUACGACGUCUGCAUCCUCAUCCUACGCGUUCCUCCGAUCUCCCCAUUCUCUACCUUCUUCCGCAAGUUACCCUUACCACCGCCAGCUUUUUUUUUUCUGCACAUCGUUAUAUCAUAGUCGUAACUUACACACUCCUUUGCAUUAUCAUUACACCCCACACCUCUCCUCUGCCCUACCUCUGCCUCCCUUUCUAACUCCCAAUUCUCCAAGACUGUACAGAAUCGAACAAGAUUACUACGCUCCUUUUUAUUUUGUUUCUCUUUACCUAUACUUUAUAUAACACCCUUUUUCAUUUAUUUGAAGUGAGCCAACUGCUUCUGAAAGUAGGUGUAUUCGUAGGUUGAAGUACCCAAUCAAAAUAA